AUGAUGCUUUGGACGUUAACCGGAAGUCUCUACGUGUUCACUUUAGCGACUGUCCAGGAAGUGUUUGCAAACAGCAACAGAGACGUGCUGGAGCUUUUUCCUUGAAAGAAUCACUAGAAAAGCAGCGCCAUGUUGCCAACCACCUCGCAGCACAGCAAUGGCUCCCUCGGUUCCAGGGAUGCUGCACGCCACACAGCUGGAGCCAAGCGCUACAAGUACCUACGACGACUGCUCCAUUUCCGGCAGAUGGACUUUGAAUUCGCCAUGUGGCAGAUGCUUUACUUGUUCACAUCACCGCAGAGAGUCUACCGCAACUUCCACUACAGGAAACAGACCAAGGACCAGUGGGCCAGGGAUGAUCCUGCCUUCCUGGUCCUCCUCAGCAUCUGGCUGUGUGUGUCAACGAUGGGGUUUGGUCUUGUGCUGGACAUGGGGGUUGUGGAGACGCUGAAGCUGCUGCUGUGGGUGGUUUUUGUCGACUGCAUAGGAGUCGGUCUGCUCAUAUCAACCCUCAUGUGGUUCAUCAGCAACAAAUACCUGCUGAAACAUCCCAGCAGGAACUUUGACGUGGAGUGGGGCUACGCGUUUGACGUUCACCUCAACGCUUUCUACCCUCUUCUCGUCAUUCUGCACUUCCUGCAGCUUUUCUUUAUCAACCAUGUGGUGGUAAUAAAUUCUGACUGGUUCCUGGGUUAUUUUGUUGGGAACACGUUGUGGAUGAUCGCCAUCGGUUAUUAUCUCUACAUCACGUUCCUAGGAUACAACACUCUGCCCUUCCUGACGAACACCGUGGUGCUCCUCUACCCCUUCGCUCUGCUCGGCCUCUUCUACAUCCUCUCCGUCUCACUGGGAUGGAACUUCACGCGCGGCCUGUGCUGGUUCUAUAAGUACAGGGUCCAGUAGGAGCUGGUCGGAUGCUGAUCCUGGACCGUAAGAAUCCGUCUGCAGCUGCUGUCGGUCAGCACCUGGCUGACUCUGGGUGAACUGGUGCUGGUCUGGUUGGUGAACUGGAGUCCAGUCGCUAAACUGGGAGGAGUUUGGUCAAGUUGCAGAAACGAGAAGACAGAUGAGACUUUUAGCAACAUUCUGUUUGUGUGAUUUGUAAAUAGACCUAAGGAUGUAAAAAACACACGAGGCUCUUUUCUUUUUUACGAGGAUCGGUUUGAUUUAAGUUUUCUUAAAUAAAAAACACAAAAAAGUUCCUGCUUAGUGGCGAGUUUAAAGGAGAAACGACGAAAGCCAUCUGUUUUCUUUCUUCCCCUGUGAGUGUACAUUCCAAACACUUUGAAUAAAAGCUUUUAUUAACUUAAA